UAUGAUGUAUUGUUACAGUUAGCAGAGCGGAUGGGGGAUGUGCAACAAAAAGGUAUCAACAAUAACCAAAUUAAUAGAUUACCUAUAAAGAAAUUUAAAAAAUAUGAUAAGAAUAAUUCUGUUGAUGAGGAAUGUUCUAUUUGUAUGUGUGAAUAUGAAGAUAAUGAUUGUUUGAGGAUUUUGCCAUGUUUUCAUUGUUUUCAUUCUGGGUGUGUUGAUAAGUGGUUAACAAACAAUGCUUCCUGUCCAGUAUGUAGAGUCGAUAUUGAA